ACAAUUUUUAAAAGGGAAAAAAAAAAAAGUAGUGUUGACCAUGAUUGUUAACUGAAAAAAGGGCGGUCCAUCGGAUGACGUGGUGCACCAAGUCCGGGAAAAUGUAAUUUACUGGCGAUGGCGGGAAUUAGGGUUUCUUUUCGCAGUUACCCGCCCCAACUCCCUUUGCAACAUCAUCGUGCUUCGCUCUCCAAUUUCUCUUCCCCAUUAAUUAGUUAUAUAAUUCUUUUUUCCUAAUUCAAUUUUUUUAUUCGAGUUUUUUUUAUCUCUCUUAUGAAUUUACACACUACACAAUUACACAUCCUUUGAUUCAAUAAAUCCCUCCUAUUCUCAUUUUAUUCAAAUUUUCCCCCUCAAUUUUUAUUUUUAUUUUUUAUUUUUUUCAUGGAAAUCCAAUGCCCUAGCAAACGAAGAAGAAGCGAAAAAGAGGAACCCCCUCAAUCCCCUUCUCCCUCCUCCUCCUCCUCCUCCAGGAUCCGAAUUUGGGCAAACCCUAGGUUGGGCUUCUUCCACCUUCGCCUCCUCUUCCGCAGCGGCCAUGGCGAUGGCGAUGAGCUCCUCUUCCUGAGAUCCGACCGGGUCUACACCCUGGGCCGCGAUCGGCGGCGCUGCGACAUCGUCCUCGGCGGCCGCCGAGUCAGCAGGCGCCAUUGCCGCGUCCUCCUCGAUGGCUCCGAUCGCAAGCUCCGAUUGUUCGACGGCUGCGAUCGGUCGGGUAGUCGACAGGCUAGGGUUUCCUCGAAUGGGGUGUUUGUUAACGGCCGGAGACUCCGAGGAGGGGUCGCUGCGGAGUUGGAGGUUGGGGACGAGGUGUUGCUCGGAUCGAGACGCGGCUGUAGGGUUAUGUGUGGGUUCCUGGUGGAGAAAGUCGCCUUCUUUGAUCCAUAUGAUUCCUCUUUUUCGAAGAUGAAUUUUGUUUCGGAAUUAGGGCUUGAUGAUCCGGUGAGCAGGGCGAAGUCGCUGUUGAGCCAAUUGCGAGGCAUACUGAAAAGUUCGGAUCCUGUUUCCUAUUUGAUGAGUCCAUUGCAUUUGUUUCACGGGAAGAGAGGUGCAAGCAUUUUGGGUUCUCAAACUCCUCAGUCUAAUUUGAAGUGUUCAAAUCCGAAAACGGUUGGUUUAAACGAACCAAAUCAAAAUCCAUUAGUGAAUAAUGUAGAUGGGAAACACAAUUUUAGCCCGAGCAUAGAAAUUGAGCAAAAUGUUCACCAAGCGCCUCCAAUUGAAGGUGCAGGAGAACCAAAUCAAAAUCUUAUUGCAAAUAGUGAUGUUGGUAAUCAAUCUUUGCACCAAAUUGUGCAAAUUGAACACAGUAUUCGCCAAGCCCAUCCAAUUGACACUGCGGUCGAACCAAAUCAUAGUCUUAUCGCAACUAAUGAAGCCACUAAUCAAUCAUCGCGCCAGAUUGUAGAAAUUGAGCAAAAAGCACAUCAAAACGAAGAUUUGGGUGUUGGUUGUUCUUCGGAUGGUAAGACAUUCUUUUUAAAUCGACUUAAAAGUGUUAACACUGGUGCACCAGAUCAGUGUGCCGGUGUUACUUUGCCGCAGCUUCUCUAUCCGAUUGAAGGCCUUUUGCGAGUGUUCAUUGCGACAUUUACCUGCGAUGUUUCAUGGUUUCUGUCUUGUUGUAAAAUUCCUAACCAUCUGCCAGUGACAAUUGCAUGCCAUAGUGGCACAAGAUGCUGGAGUGCUAGCAGUGAAAGCAGAACAUCGACACCAUAUUUCAGUCACCCAAACUUAUUGCUGGUUUACCCCCAAUUUCCGGAGGUAAUUGCCUUUGGGAAAGAUCGCAAGAAGCAAGGUGUUGCUUGCCAUCAUCCUAAGCUCAUUGUCUUGCAAAGGGAGGAUAGUAUUCGUGUUGUGGUUACUUCAGCUAACUUAGUUUCAAAACAGUGGAAUCAUGUAACAAACACAGUCUGGUGGCAAGACUUCCCUCGGAGAACUUCUCCAAAUUAUUCAACUCUUUUUGGCACAACAGAAGAAUCAGAAACCGAUUUUGCUGCUCAACUAGCAGGUUUUAUAGCAUCUCUUAUUACUGAUGUGCCCAACCAAGCGCACUGGAUUGAGGUGUUAACUAAAUAUGACUUUGGAGGAGCAAGAGGUCAUCUGGUUGCGUCAGUACCUGGAGUUCAUGCAAAGAGCCCUCCUUACUUGGAGACUAAUUAUUGCUUAUCAGCUAAGCAAAUUCUGCAUUCAAAGUCAGUUUCUUCAUUAUAUCUUGGUUCUGUUCAAGCAUCUGUUGUUGGUUUAAGCCAUCGCUUUCGCGCUUCAACUGACUCUACUGACGCUCAAGUUAAGACACUGUUUUCAGUUCUUGGGAAAUGUCGAGAGAACACGAAUGGGACCAUAGAAGUUCUAUUGAAAAGAAACAUGAAUAUACCUGUAGAUGCUAAUGCUGUUAGUGUCCUUGUAGCUGACUUAGAUGACUUUUCUGAGGAAGGUUCCAUCCAACUCGGUUUCUUGCCUAGAGAGGUUGCUAAGUGGGUAUCUCCUCUCAGCGACAUAGGGUUCUUCAACUUUUCUGCAUUAAUUAAUCCUAAAGAAGCUCUCGCAGCUGCAUUCGGUGGAACGAAUCCACGAGUACAACUGAUACUCUAUGUGUCAAAGGGGCCGAAUUUUUCUGAUAUAUCCAAGUUGAUCCAAGAAGAGCAUUUUGCAUCCUUAUGCUCUCUUCUCGCAUCCUUGAAGAGGUGCCUUGGUCUUUGGCGCCUACAGGAGGUCUUGUCUCGGUACAAGUGGCCGGAGUCAUUAGAGACAGAUUUUUUGUAUGGUUCUUCCUCCGUUGGAACUUCAAUAAGUCCACAAUUUCUGUCUACCUUCUCUGCGGCAGCUGGAAAAAAAUCGUUCCCAUACCCUGACUCUGAUGAGUCCGAUCCAGAGUGGGGUUGCUGGACUGUUAAUCAUGAGAUAAGAAAUCCGUCAAUUAAACUCUUGUUUCCCACAAUUGAGAGAGUGAAGACUGGGGCUUGUGGAAUCCAGCUAUCCAGAUAUUUGCUCUCCCUCUCCGAGAAAACAUGGCAAAGGUUGAGGACCACAGGUAUAUUUCAUGACGCAAUUCCUUAUCCGUGUGAUAGAGUGGGAUAUCCUAUGCAUGUAAAGGUGGCGCGGAGACGGUUCAAAUCCAAAUUAGGCACGCAUUCAUUUGGGUGGACAUACUGUGGGUCCCACAAUUUCAGCCCAGCUGCUUGGGGACAGAGUGUAUUCCCUUCGUCUGAAUCAAAUGCCAUCGGAGCGGCUGCUAACACUGCUGCUGCAGAGCCAAAACUUCAUAUUUGCAAUUAUGAGCUCGGGAUUAUUUUAAUAGCUCACCCAUCAGAUAAAUCAAAAGAAACAGGUGGAAAGAUGCUGGAUUUAGAUGAUAUCACACUGCCAUUUGUAAUUCCCGCACCAAAAUACCAAAAUGGUGAUAGGCCAGCAACGCCACAGGCUAUGCGAGAGGCGUGGGCUAAGAUUGCUGUUCUACAGAGAGAGGCUUCUCUAGCAGUAUCCUUGGAAGAGAUGAAUGAGGAUAUUCCGGAUGAAGAGGAGGAAAUGUUUGAGGCAUCUGACUAUGUUGACGGAGAGAGAGAGGAGGAGAAAAUUUAUGCGGAGAUGCUUUGGAGCCAGGUUGCUUCUUCUGAGAACUGAU